GAUCGGAAAGGCAAAUGAUCUAGUACUCAGCUCCAAAUCAGAAUUCUCAGAUCUCCCAAUUUCUAGGGUUAGGGUUUUAACAAUCUCCUCCCAUCUGAAUUCAAACACUGCGAAAAGCAAUGGCGAUGAGGAGAGUCUACAACGAGAUAAAAGGGAUGAAGGUGAAGGAGUUGCCCAACUACGUGAAGCCAAUGCUAUCGACCGAUUACGUGAAGAAGGCAGUUCAAAGAGGGCUGGACAAUUAUCACGCUAAGUACAUACAGACUAGCUCUAUUGACCCUCUGUAUCAUGUCUGCUUCGGUGGCAUGAUCUUCUCCUACCUCGUUGCGCUUCCUGAAGAGCGCCGCCAUCUCGAGCACCAACAACACGCCAAGGAACACGGUGGACACUGAUCCAUCCCUUUUAUUCUUCGCUCACUAAUGGAGAUCUUUACUGCGGAUUAUAAUCAGGCUGGAUACUUUAGGUACGGUUCGGAUUUGGGAUUGAUGAAAGGUGCAAGCUGUUAGCUUCGAUGGAAUGUAGACCUAAUUGGACUGAGGCCAUUGAUGUCUGUUCUUUCAGUUAUUGGAGCAGUUUUUAUGCAUUGCAAUGAAAGUGCUACGAGAAAAAUUUAGGAUGUUGGCCUAUACCGCAACCAUGUACAGAACAUGAACUGGCUGAAACUAAAUUGCAUUAAUAAGAACAUGCAAGUUACUUAAA